GUUUUUCCGUCGGUCGGAGUUCUGUGAGUUGUCAUUUGUCGUGUAGUCGGCUCAUGUAAAUUAAAUAUAUUCAUAGUGCAAUAUAUACCUGGUAUUUGUUAUUUGAUGCUGAUCUGAGUUUGAUAAUUUGAAAUUUGAAAACUCAUUUGAUCCAAAAUGGUACUUCUAGCAGCUAGCGUAACAACAAAAUCUGGCAAAGCCCUGGUAUCGCGGCAAUUUGUAGAAAUGACCCGUGCUCGUAUUGAAGGUCUAUUAGCUGCUUUCCCUAAAUUGUUGAGUUCUGGUCGUCAACAUACCUUUGUUGAAACUGAGAGUGUUCGUUAUGUUUAUCAACCAAUGGAAAAAUUAUAUACUUUGCUGAUAACAACUAAAGCCAGCAAUAUCCUUGAAGAUCUUGAAACUUUACGCCUGUUUACAAGAGUGAUACCAGAUUACUGCAAAUCCAUGGAGGAAUCUGAUAUAAUCAAUAAUGCAUUUAAUUUAAUAUUUGCAUUUGAUGAAAUUGUAGCACUAGGCUACAGAGAAAAUGUUAACUUAGCUCAGAUUAGAACAUUUGUUGAGAUGGACUCUCAUGAAGAAAAAGUUUAUCAAGCAGUAAGACAAACUCAAGAAAAGGAAGCAAAACAGAAAAUGAAGGAAAAAGCUCGAGAGCUGACCAAAGCCAGGCAGGAAGCUUCCAAGAAGGGUCGCAGUCCAGGCUUUGGGUCAAGCAGCAACUUUGGCUAUCCCCCUUCACCAGUGGUUGGAGAUGCAGCUCCAACUGCACCCGACACUCAGACCAAACAGACGUAUCCUACGCCAAGUUCAAGACCCACUGGUACUGGAAAAGCAAUGAAACUUGGCAACAAGAAUAAAGAUAUUGAUUUAUUUGUAGAUAUGCUUAAAUCAGAAGGAGAAACUGUUGAAACUACUAAUGCUAUGAAGUCGAGUGUUGGAACAAAACCAACUGCUCAGGUUCAUGCUGAAAGUGUGCAUUUGAGAUGCGAAGAGAAAAUAACUAUUCGAGCAAAAAGAGAUGGUGGACUUGACAGCUUAGAAGUUCAUGGCAUAGUUACGCUCAACAUAUCUGAUGAGAAAUAUGGAUGCAUAAGGAUCAAAAUAGAUAAUCAAGAUGAGAAAGGAGUUCAAAAUCAAACUCAUCCUAAUAUUGAUAAGGAACUGUUCAGAAAUUCUCAUAUAAUAGGAAUGAAAAAUUCUGCCAAGCCAUUUCCAGUCAAUGUGGAUGUUGGAGUUUUAAAAUGGAGAUUUCAGUCCAUGGAUGAGAGCAACGUACCAUUGCUAAUCAAUUGCUGGCCUUCUGAAAAUGGCAGUGGCGGCUGUGAUGUCAAUAUAGAAUAUGAAUUGCAAAUGGAUAAAAUAGAAUUGAGUGAUGUUGAAAUACAAAUUCCUGUACAGGGGAAUCCCAUUGUAUCUGAAUGUGAAGGAAUGUAUGAACAUGACAGUCGGAAAAAUCGUCUUACUUGGAAAUUACCUGUUAUAGACUCAUCUAAUAAGACUGGAUCUAUGGAGUUUUCUUGUCCCGGAAAAGCCAGUGAUUUCUUCCCUAUUUCAAUUGAAUUUGAAUCAUCCCAAUCAUAUUGUAAUGUUAAGGUCACUGAUGUCUUUACUUUGGACGAACAGCCAGUCAAUUAUUCCUCUGAAACAGCAUUUUUAACUCAGAAAUAUGAAGUGGUUUAAGAUUCAAAAUUUCUUUCAGCAGAAGUUCAUAUAAAAUUUGAAAGUUAUUUUUUAUGUAUAUUUAGAGACGUUAUUCAAAAUCAUUGUAUUUCAAAAAGUUAUAUUUGUUACAAUAAAAUAGACUUCAA